UUCAGCGUUGUCGAGCUCUAGUCUCAAACAUGGGUUGCUCUGAAUGCUGCCUCAAAUGUCUGAGUGGGAUCCCGUAUGCCUCUCUGAUCGCCACUAUCCUGCUGUACGCCGGUGUUGCUCUCUUCUGUGGCUGUGGACAUGAGGCUCUUUCUGGCACCGUCACCAUCCUGCAGACCUACUUUGAUGUCGUCCGGUCGCCUGUUGAUGCCCUGGAUGUCUUUACCAUGAUUGACAUCUUCAAGUAUGUGAUCUAUGGAGUGGCAGCAGCUUUUUUUGUCUAUGGUAUUUUGCUGAUGGUGGAGGGAUUUUUCACCACUGGUGCCAUCCGGGAUCUCUAUGGAGACUUCAAGAUCACCACCUGUGGGCGCUGUGUUAGUGCCUGGUUCAUCAUGCUUACUUAUAUCUUCAUGUUGGCCUGGCUGGGAGUCACAGCCUUCACCUCUCUGCCGGUCUUCAUGUACUUCAACAUCUGGAACACUUGUCAGAACAUGACUCUGCUGGAGGGUUCUCUCUCUUCAGCGAACAGCGCCAACCUUUGCUUUGACCUGCGUCAGUACGGAAUCGUGUCCAUCGGUGAAGAGAAAAGACUGUGUGCCGAUAAUGAAAACUUCAAGAAGAUGUGUGAAUCUAAUGAGCUGGAUCUGACGUUCCACUUGUUUGUCUGCGCUCUUGCGGGGGCUGGAGCGGCGGUUAUCGCCAUGGUGGUGGCCGUGUCUGUCCUCAUCAAUAACCACGCCAGUCUGACAUCUAAGAACGCAGGGAGGUACUGCACGCGUUUCUGAGGCCAGCUCCGGGGUGUUUCUGGAGUGUCCCUCCCCACACCCCGACACACUCUCUGUCCACCAAGGACCCCUCCACCAUCGCCCACGACAGCCACUUUUACAAUGACGUCCCUUAAUUGGCUUGAUUAAAAGACACCCAUGCCAUUCCAUUUUGCAAUAUGGUUUCAAUCUCCCCUCCUCCGAUUCCUUCCCACCCUAAUAAAGCUGCGUCGCCCCAAGUUAACUCCGCAGUUACAAACGUUAACAUGCAGGAAUGAACUAACAUGGCUUGUUUUAUUCAGUUGGAACUGGUUGCCACAUUAUCUUGACUUGAACUCCAAAACCGGAACACUAAAUUCCCUCUAAGUUGACUCCCGAGUAAUCUUUUGACCUCUUCUUUCGGUAUAAAGAGCACUAACACUAACCCACCCCUCUAACCACUUGUGUUGCUUUAGGUGCACUACCUGAUGGUGCUGUCGGCUAACUGGGCUUACGUGAAGGACGCCUGCCGGAUGCAGAAAUACGAGGACAUCAAGUCCAAGGAGGAGCAGGAGCUUCAUGAUAUCCACUCUACUCGCUCUAAAGAGCGCCUGAACGCAUACACAUAAAGCACGCGCUUGCGCGCACACGUAUAAAUAUGUAUACACACACAUACAUACAUACACAAGCAUGCCCUUCCCCUUCCCUGAAAACAAAUAUAUAAACAACACUUAAAUAAAAAGCUAAUUUCCAUGGUUUCCAGGGGUAAGGGAUAGGAUGGCACGGGGAGGUAAAUAACUGUAACACUUGCUAUGUACGGGUGUGACCCAGAAUGUUGGUCUAGGGACGUGGUUUGCGUCUCCAUGUCAACGUCUCUGACUACCCCUUUUAAUUUCUCUGUCCGAUUUCAUUUCUCCUACACCUCCCCUUUCUGUUGCUCCUGAUAAACACACCGAGUUGAGUGGCUUUUUUUGUACCACGUAGUUGUAGGUCUCAUCGGGUCUUACUAGGGGGUCGGGGUUUAGCCAAAGGGAUUACAGCAGCACACUUUUCACAUUUUUGUAUUACACGCUGAUGAUUUACAGUACAUUCUGCAAGCUCACCCUGACAAUAGUCAAGAUUUAGAUUUUCCUUUAGAUUUUCUAUGAACCAAAAUGUGACCAAACUUGUAACUUAUGAUUUACAGGUUCAAAAAUCGCUCAAGCUGCCACAACUUAACAGCAGCAACAGCACAAACAAUGUACAGAUUCUUUGUUUUUGGACAAAUUCAGCUUUAGAGUGCCAGGGAUUAAAAAAAAAAGUACCUUAAAGUGACUUUUACUGCUAUACUGUAGCUUGGCCUAACUGUAUACGCUAGCUGUGCGCAGUAUUAAUGGAAAGUGUGACACUGGUGCUUAGUAAGCAUUUGACGGAGACUGAUUGGGAAUGAAGGAACGUUGAAAGAAUGUUUUAAAUCAGCUAGGUUGGUCAAGCAGGAUUUGCCUUGGGAGACUCUAUGAAUAUAUGAUUUCCUCUCAUUCAUCGCAAGCCAUACUCUCACAUGCAAAUAACAUUUUCAGGUGUUUUAUUGCUUAGUUUUAGCUUUAACUUUUUAAAUGCAAGAAAUCAAACAGUUCUUUAGUCAUUCCUCUGAUCUGUACUGUAUAUAUCUCUCUAUCUCUCUUUAAAUGUAUACACAUUUCAUGUCAAUUUCACAUCUCGGCAGUCAGUGUUACAGUAGGUGAUAUUCUUGAGAUCGUCGUUCAUAUCAGAGAAGUAUAAAUCUAAAUGGAAAAGUUGAUCGCAACGACUUUGCCAAACACUGUGGAAGGUUGAAUUAACGUGGUGUUUAUGUAACAUUCAAACGUGUUUUGAAUGAGGACUUGAUGGAUGUGGUUGUACAAGCAUGUAUUACUCUAAGUCAGUGUUUUGGCUCGGUCUUGCAGACUUGAGUUGCCCUACUUUUGCAGUAAAGUACUUUUGUCAGUGUCUCAAAAAAGAAACAAAAAAUCUACAAAAACAAGCUCGUUUUGUGCACUUAUGGACCAUCGUGAGUUUUUUGGUGUAAGUGCAUUUGGAAUCAGCGCUGAGUCUCUUAAUAGUCAUGCAGCUUUUUUUAAAAACCACAAAAGAAACUUGUAUUAGGUCAAAACCGUAAAUCUAGUUGUUAUUUGUGGCAUGGGUAUGCAUCUAAUGGUAAUAGUUUUAACUAACUGAAAAAGGCAAAAAAAAAAUGAAUCCUUUAUUUUGAUUUUUACACUUCUGACUGUCUUGCUGGGGUCAACUAUAUAAAUUUUUUUUCUAAAUGUGCAGUAUUUACAGUUGCUACGCUAACGAUAUUAAGCUAAAUAUCUUAUUAGGUUGUAGUGUUUGAGUUCUGUCCUUUCUAGUUUGUGAUGAUUUUUCCGAACCAUGUCUUAAUCCUAUACUUGUUAUGAUGUUGCGUAUCCAGUAUUACCCUGACAUUGCUUUUAGCUUUAUCCACAUACUGUACUAGUUCUUUUCUUUUUCUUUUUUGUACUUUCGCUGAGAAUGCUUUGUAGCAGGCAGUAAAAUUAACUGGUUUUGUACAUAAAUGUGCCAACAGCUUGACAGUGGCUUUUUCUUUUCUUUUCAAUCUGUAGGAACAAACUUGCUUGCGUAAAUAAAGACACUUGUGUACUUGUUAAUAA